UCGCUCAGUUCCGCGACUAUCACGCCGAAAAGUUCUCAGGGGCAGGGAGACCCCCGCGUCGUUGAUGAAUGGAUUCAGGGGUUGGAGUUUAUCUUUGAGGUUAUGGAAUGCCCCGAUAGGUAUCGCGUAGUUUGCGCUCAGCUUCAGCUCACUGGUGAUGCAAGGCUCUGGUGGAAUGCCUACUGGAGCAUGCGUCCCGGUGAAAAGGCGGGUUGUACAUGGGAUAUGUUCAAGGAGUUAGUCCGCGAUAAGUACUACCCUUCCUACUAUCGGGUAGAGAUGGAGCGCCAGUUCUUAGCGCUUCAGCAGGGCACUCGUACUGUCGAUGAGUACGAGCGAGAGUUCACUAGACUUGCAGGUUUCGCACCGGAUCUUGUUCGCACGGAGGCCCAGAGAGCGCAGUGGUUCAUUGACGGACUUUACCCAGCAGUCCGUCACAACAUCGUGGGACACGGGACUCAGACCUAUGCUCGCGCAGUUUCUAUCGCCCAGGAGGUGGACGCUAGCAUCAGGAGGGAGGCAGUCCGUGAUCGUGCUCAGCCAUCUGCCCCAGCUCAGCCAUUUGCAGCUCCACCAGCUCUACCAGCCCCUCAUCCAGCAAAGGAGAAGAAGAGGAAGGGAAAGAGUGCACAGACUGACCGGAGGACCCGACAGAGACAGCAGCCGAUUCCACCGUGCCCGACUUGUGGUCGACUUCACCGGGGAGAGUGUCGUGUGGGACAGGAUAUCUGCUACUACUGCCACGAUCCGGGACAUUUUGCGAUUCGCUGUCCGAAGAAACUCCAGCAGCAGCCUCAGCAGCCUCAGCAGCCACCACAGCAGCAACAGCCACGUCA